AUGUGUAAGUAUAUUGAUAUCUGUCACGUGAACGCCCAAUCGUUGGUAUCUCAUAUUGAUGAGUUUCGGGGUUAUUUCUCCUCAAAACAAUAUCAUAUCAUUGCCGUACCGGAAUCCUGGCUGAAACCUCAUAUAGCUGAUCAGGCUGUUCACUUGCCGGAUUACAAUAUUCUUCGUUGCGAUCGCACUGGCAUUGGUGGAGGAGGUGUAGCGUUAUAUGUACAUAGAUCAUUGAAGGCGAAAGUUGUCGUAUGCUCCUCUUCUGCCUAUUCUGCAGGGCCGGAGUUUUUAAUUGCUGAAAUUUCCAGCGCAUGUAGAUCUAAGUUGGCCUUCAGCGUAGUGUAUCGUCCGCCUAAGGUUGGCUGCAGGUCAGACUUUGAGGAAGCUUUCCUGCAGUACAGCCAAGCCUAUAAAAGUAAUAUUGUCAUGGGUGACCUUAAUGCAGACUUUUGUUCGAAUAGCUUUGAUGCUAAUAAUCUUAAGUCAUUUUUUUCAACUGUGAGUAUGGAUAUUGUUCAUUACCGCCCGACGCAUCACACCGCUACAAGCAGUACAUGGCUUGACGUCUGCGCGGUUAAUGACCUCUCCAAAGUCUCGGGUUAUUCACAAUUACCUGUCGCCUUUUUAUCAAGUCAUGACCUGAUUAGUGUCAGUUUUCUGUUUAUUUCUGAUAAGAUUGAACCACGUGAAAUCAUAUAUAGAGACUUCAAGCUCCCUAACUCCCAAGCCUUUAAACUCGACAUUGAAGCCUGCGACUGGUCGCAGGUAUUUACUGCUACCUCGAUUGACGCCAAAGUUGACCUACUUAAUACUUUCGUACUAGAGACAAUAAAUAAACAUGCUCCAGUUCGUAGAGCCCAGCUAAGGCGUCCUCCAGCUCCUUGGCUGGAUGACAAUAUUAAGACGCUCAUGAGAGAGCGGGACGCUCUCUACAAAGCAUUCCGGAGAACUAGAUCACUUGUCGUCAGAGAUAAAUACCGAGCCCUGCGUGGUCGAGUCAAAGCCAUGAUUUUAGCUGCAAAAAGCAAACACUACAUGUAG